GUGGGUGGGGCUUAGAUAGCGGGUCUGGUAACUGUCUGUCAGUAGUUACCUCUCCCCCCAGCUGUUCACCGUUGCAGUUCCAGCUUUACCUGCAAUACAACAAAACAAGAGAACAUGGACCCUGAAUACUUCAACUCUUAUGUGAUGUCGUGGGGUACUCUGGGCACGGUGAGACCCUUCCCCGGCCUGAACCCUGAGAAAGACGCCCUGGCCGUCCAGACCGCCCUGGAGAAGAAAGACGUGGUGUCCCUGGUGAGCAUCCUGACCAAUAGGAACAGCGCCCAGAGGCAGAUGGUGGAUAAAGCCUACCGGGGGAUUGGCCAGAAGGACCUGGAGACCGGCCUGAAGAAGGUUCUGUCGGGGGAUCUGCUCUCCCUGAUGCUGGCUCUCAUGAUGACCCCCUAUGAGCAUGAAGCCCACCGCUUGCGGCAGGCCAUGGAGGGCUUGGGAACGAAUGAAGAGACUCUGCUGGAGAUCCUGUGUACGAGAUCCGCCCCGCAGCUCAAAGAAACCAACACAGCCUACAGUGAAAUCUACAAGAAGGACCUGGAGAAGGAUCUGAAGGGGGAGACCAGCGGGGACUUCGCCAAACUCAUCGUUGCUUUGCUACACAAGGACAAUGUUGUGGGCGUGGUCCAGAGAGACAUUGAGGCAUUGUCUGCCUCUUUGGACACUAAGAAGACUGAUCCUGCUAUAUGGAUCAACAUCCUCACCUCCAGAGAUGCAGUGCACCUCCAGAAAGUGUUGAUGAGAGUGGAGAUGGAGAGAGGAGAGCCUCUGGAUAAGACUCUAGAGAAACGCUUCUCAGGAGACUUCAGAAUGGGAUUGAAAACAUUAGUCCAGUGCAUUCAGAGCCCCCACGUGUUUCUCGCCCAGCGGCUGGUGUCUAUGAAGACAGCCUUAGUUCACGGGGUGAUGGUCUCCCGCUGUGAAGAGGACCUGUUGUGUGUGAGAGCUGCUUUCCUCAAGCUGACCGGCACCUCUCUCUACACAACUCUACAGCAGAAACACUUCAAGGGGGAGCAUCUCCAAGCCCUGCUGGCGAUCUGUCGGUCUGAGGACUGAGAUGACCAUCAGCGCUCUCCACCAGAAGCAUUCAUGCUGCAAUGUUCUUAAUAAUGUCCAGUGUCCUUUUUCAUGUGUAAUAAAGA